CCUCGAACUUUUAACGGCCCGCUGCAAGCCCCAGCCAGCACAAGCAGCGCAGCGCGAGCGACCAGCACCACCACGACUUCUCUUCUCCAAACUACCCAACGUCCCAAUCUCGCAACCGCCACGCCACCUUGGAGAGCCAGACACUCUCCGAACCGCCAAUGCUGGCACGGUAGCCAUUGCGAACGCUCUAGAGAUAGUGAGAGGAUCUCUAGAGGCUGUCUCUGGAACGUAGCCCCCCGCCUGCAGGCCUCGAGCUACACAGCCUUGAACACAUCCUAGGUCUCUUCGCGACUACACAUCUUACAGCCAAACACGCGCGGUGCCGCCUCCACGAGCUUGGACGCCAUGCUUGUUACCAAGAACGCCGCAGAGCUCUGCGUGCUGCUCAUCGGCGAAUUCUAUGGCCAAUUGCCCUCGCGAGUUUUUUCUGCGCUCAUCUUCAAGGGCCGGUCAACCAUAGCUCAGAUUGCGCAGCAAACUGCUCUGCCCCCUCGAUCUGUUCGCCACAGCCUCGCCGUCCUCAUACAGCAAAAUGCCGUCUACCACCAUACCGACGAAGAUUCCAGCAUUACACACUACGAAGCCAACGCCGAUGUCGCCUAUAACCUCGUUCGAAUCGGGAAGAUCCUGGAAACCGUUCAAGACUGCUAUGGCCCGGCCGCGAAAUCCAUCGUCCACGACAUCCUGGUUCUUGGUCAUGUCAAAGUCUCAGACCUCGUUGCGACGUACGAAGAGAAGCAUGGGCAGACCAAUGGAGUCAACGGCCAUGCGCACAAUGGCACUAAUCAUAUGAAUGGCGACGACCCAUUCGAGUCCGAUACUGAGGAGGAGUCGUUGUCAGUCGCAGACCGAGUGUAUAAUCAGGUCGGACGCUUGCUCGCUUACGACAUCCUAGAAGUUGUCGUACCAACCAUGUUUCGAUCGCCCCAGGAUGACAAAACGACCAUAGAGCAGGAAGUUAUGGCAGAGCCAAGAUUCAAGGGCGGGGUUCGCGGUGUGAGGCAGACGCGCGACUUUGACAAUGCGGUUCACGAGAGGAUGACCGAGAUCCACAGGGAACGGGUUGCGCUUGCCCAGAGCUUAAAGACAGCUCUGUACAACGAGGAGCACAUGGCCAAGAGGCGGAAACUCGCCAACGGUGCUUCGGCGGAAAACACAUUUCUCAGCAGUGCUCGAGAGUUGAUCUCGGCUGAUCCUGAUAUUGUGAUCAGAAUCAAUUUCGACAAGUGUCUUGUGAUUCUGCGAAAUCGGAAACUUGUCGCUUAUGCAGAGGACAUCAUCGGAGAGACCACGGCCCAGGUCUAUGCAUGCCUGCUCGCAACACUGUCAAAGCAGAUCAGUUCGUGCCAAGAGGAUCCAACGGCACCAAAAGAUGCGGCUUACGAUCAUCUCAGGGGCGCCGUCGUGACGACAGUCGAGGUGUUUGAUAACCUUGGCGCCGACAUUGAUGUAUCGAGCGGCCUCGGGAAAACAGAACCCGGGAUGGUAGACAUCCGAUAUGCCGAGAAACUUCGAAGACAACCGCCAAAGGAGCGCAAGACAAUGGUUCUGCAAGACGGAGAGGAAUGGCAGGGCUCUGACGAUGACGAAUCCUACGACAACACGGAAGAAGGUCGAGUAGGAAUGAACGGUACGCAGAACGGACACAAAACUCCUGCCGAUGCGAAAGAGCACUUUGACGAUGCCGGGGCAAUCCGCACGUCGCGCAUGCGACAAAUGAGGCAGCAUCUUCUCGUGCUCGCGGAAAGCAAGCAGGGAUUUGUGCGACACUGCGGAAGUCAAGACCGUGGCGAAUGGACCGUCGACUUUCACGAGCUGUUCGCGCACCUCCGGACCAUGGAGCUCGACAUUAUUAUCGAGGAAACCUUUGGCCGCCAGGCGCUUCGCCUGGUGCGGAUUCUUCGCGAAAAGGGCAAAGUUGACGACAAGACCCUGCCUACGCUUGCACUGAUGCGGAAGCCCGACGUCCACACCAAGAUGGUGGAGAUGGAACUUGCCGGUGUGCUCGACGUGCAGGAAGUGCCGCGCGACAACAACCGCGCAGCCAACAGAACCAUUUUCUUUUGGUGGUUCGACAAAGACCGGGCAUUCAAGCGAGCACUGGACAACACAUACAAGUCCAUGGUGCGGUUCCUGCAACGCCUCGAGGUGGAGCGGCAGAAGAAGAAAAACGUGCUCAUGGUGACAGAGCGAAAAGACGUCCACGGAAUGGAGGAGGAAAAGCUGAGAGGCGACAUCUACAACGAAUACCGUGCAUUCCUGGAUAUCGAGGCUAAGCUUCUGAGCCAGCUCGAGAGGCUCGACGACCUCGUCUCCGUCUUCCGCGAUUUCUAGGCGAUUCAACCAAAGCAGAAGUCUAAAGACGAGGACCAUGAACCCAAAUCGAGGGCGACACACAAGGCGAUCAAGAAGACCAGGGCCGUGGCGAAGGCAAGAGCCAAAAGAUGCCGUUGACUUGUUCGUUCUCUGCAUUGCAUGACGGCGUUCCGUAGCUUUUCAUUGACCAGAUUGUGGAGCGUCUGACCCUGAGUUUUGUGGCAUUCUCACAUGGCAUUAAUCUGGCGUUGUCUGUUCAGGCUGGGAUGGUGGUAUAAGCAUGUAGUUUUGGCCAGCUAGUCGAGAAAGACAAAAGGGUCACUCAAUCAGCUCUAUGUACGAAGUACUUGGGUGGGACUAGGUGAAGAACUACCACAAAAUAAACAAAAAGAUACCCAUGAUGCAAGUACACAGGC